AUGUCGCAACCUACAUCCCCUACCGUCUCUCCUGGCACACCUGUCAACUGCGAUGCUGCGGAGCGCCAGUUGGAAGUUGAAUCCAGCCCCAUGGAAGGCCGCGUGUACACUGACAACGAGACCCACAGCGAAGGAAGCCACAGUGUUGAGUGCCCGCCUCCAGGAUCCCCACUCCCCCAGACGGCCACGUUCCUUCAGCAAACCGCCUCUCCUCUCCAGCCUGGCAUGAUGUACCCUUCGACAGAAGCCCUGACGAUUCCUGCGGGCCACGAGCAGAUGAUGUACUUCAACCCUGCUGUCGUAGGCUACACCAACGCCAGUCACGGCUUUGAUCCCCGUGAAGGCUACCCAGUUGUGUAUCCUUACGUCCCCAUGGCUCUUCCCAUUGAGACGAAGAAAAAGCGCGGUUUCUGCUGCUAA